AUGAUGCUCCUCAGCCCUGCGGUCAUUUUGGCCGUUGCCGCCGUCGUUACAGCUACCACCCCCGGUCCCACACAGUGUGACCCGAAGGCGUCCGCCAUUCCCGCUUGUGCCACUGGAUGCAUUAUCAGUGCCGGCGAACAGUAUGGCUGUUCCAAAGAGGACUAUUGGUGUCAGUGCGAGCCUGACACAUACGCCAACAUCAAUGGAGCAGCAAUAAACUGCGUCCUUGGUGCAUGUGGCUUGAGUGGUGCUCUGCCCGUCCUGGACGCAGCUAACGCCGUAUGCUCCUGUGCAUCUGAGUAUCCGUCGCCAACGAGCACUGCUGCCCCGACAUCUACCGACCCUCCUGUCGUAACCACAGAUCCACCUGUCAUAACCACGGAUACGCCUACCCCCACAACCGGCUCGCCCGCCGGAACUCAAUACGGGUGCACCAAAGAGGACUACUGGUGCCAAUGCGAGCCUGAUACAUAUGCCAACAUCAAUGGAGCUGCAUUGUACUGCGUCCUUGAUGCCUGUGGCCUUGACGCUGCCCUCCCCGUCCUCGACGCAGCUAACGCUGUGUGUGCCUGCGCAUCGGCUAACCCCUCGCCCCCUUGCACUGGUGGCCCUGAACCAACUACUGGGCCACCCACGGAUACUACCACUGGCCCUGCUACUACGGAAGCAACCCCAACUUCAACCGCGGAGCCAACAACGGAUGAGCCAACCACAGAGCAAACGCCAACUACUACAGGCGGCACGCCUUGCACCGCCGCUCCCGGCCCAACCCAAUGUGAUGCGUCAGCUUCGGCGAUCCCUCCUUGCGCUACUGACUGCAUUAUCAGCGCUGGAGCUCAAUACGGCUGUACUAAAGAGGACUAUUGGUGUCAAUGCGAGCCUGAUACAUAUGCUAAUAUCAACGGAGCUGCAUUAAACUGCGUCCUUGGCGCCUGUGGUCUCGACGGUGCUCUCCCCGUCCUCGACGCAGCUAACGCUGUGUGUGCCUGCGCAUCGGCUAACCCCUCGCCCCCUUGCACUGGUGGCCCUGAACCAACUACUGGGCCACCUACGGAUACCACCACUGGCCCUGCUACUACAGAAGCAACCCCAACUUCAACUGCGGAGCCAACCACGACGGAUGAGCCAACCACAGAGCAAACUCCAACUACUACAGGCGGCACACCUUGCACCGUCGCUCCCGGCCCGACCCAAUGUGAUGCGUCAGCUUCGGCGAUCCCUCCUUGCGCUACUGACUGCAUCAUCAGCGCCGGAGCUCAAUACGGCUGCACUAAAGAAGACUAUUGGUGUCAAUGCGAGCCUGAUACCUAUGCCAAAAUCAACGGGGCUGCAUUAAACUGCGUCCUUGGCGCCUGUGGUCUCGACGGUGCUCUUCCAGUACUUGAUGCAGCGAACGCUGUGUGUGCGUGUGCUUCAGAGUACCCUGCACCUUCUUGCACCGGAGGACCAACGGGCACAGCAACUGGUACAGGCGGCCCGGAUACGACAACAACUGGCGGCCCAGAUACCACGACAACUGGUACAGGUGGACCAGAGACAACUCCGCCUCCUACUGGUACGGAAACCGGCACACCGUGCUCGGCGACACCAGGCCCUACUCAAUGUAACGCCUCUGCCUCUGCGAUCCCACCAUGUGCAACGGACUGCAUUAAAAGCGCCGGUGCUCAAUUCGGCUGCUCAGAGCUUGACUUCUGGUGCCAAUGCGAGCCUGACACCUACUCUAAGAUCAAUGGCGCUGCUUUGAACUGUGUGCUUAGCUCUUGUGGAGCUGCUGGCGCCAUCCCAGUCCUAGAUGCAGCAAAUGCCGUCUGCGCCUGUGCUUCGGCUAACCCUUCGCCUUCUUGCACCGGAGUACCAACAAGCACAGGAACCGGCCCAGGUGGUCCAGACACCACAACAACUAGUUGCCCAGACACGACGACAACUGGUACAGGUGGCCCAGAAACAACACCACCUCCUACUGGUACCGAAACCGGCACGCCUUGCUCAGCAACGCCGGGUCCAACCCAAUGCGAUGCCUCCGCCUCUGCAAUCCCACCAUGUGCAACGGACUGCAUUAAAAGCGCUGGUGCUCAAUUCGGCUGCUCAGAGCUUGACUUCUGGUGCCAAUGCGAGCCUGACACCUACUCUAAGAUCAAUGGCGCUGCUUUGAACUGUGUGCUUAGCUCUUGUGGAGCUGCUGGCGCCAUCCCAGUCCUAGAUGCAGCAAACGCCGUCUGCGCCUGUGCUUCAGCUAACCCUUCGCCGUCCUGCACUGGGGUACCAACAGGCACUGGAACCGGCCCAGGUGGUCCAGACACGACGACAACUGGUACAGGCGGCCCGGUAACAACCCCACCUCCAACUGGCACUGAAACUGGCACACCUUGCUCCGUGACACCAGGCCCAACUCAGUGCGAUGCAUCAGCCUCUGCGAUUCCUCCUUGCGCGACUGACUGCAUUGUCAGCGCGGGUGCUCAAUUCGGCUGCUCUAAGCUCGACUUCUGGUGCCAGUGUGAGCCUGAAACCUACGCCAAGAUCAAUGGCGCCGCAUUGAACUGCGUCCUUGAGUCCUGCGGGGCCGCCGGUGCCAUUCCCGUUCUCGACGCAGCGAACGCCGUCUGCGCCUGUGCUUCUUCCAUCCCGGCACCCACCUGCACCGGAUCCGGACCAGGUGGCGGCGGCGGCAACGGUUCGGGCAGCGGAACGGAUGUGCCAACCACGCUGACCACAUCGCCAACUCCAACAGGUAGCGGAACCCCAUGCUCAGUGGCACCAGGCCCAACUCAAUGCGACGCGACCGCGUCUGCAAUUCCGCCAUGCGCUACAGACUGUAUUAUUAGCGCGGGUGCUCAAUUCGGCUGCUCUAAGCUCGAUUUCUGGUGCCAGUGUGAGCCUGACACCUACGCUAAGAUCAAUGGCGCCGCAUUGGACUGUGUCCUUAGUUCUUGCGGAGCUGCUGGUGCCAUUCCCGUUCUCGACGCAGCGAACGCUGUCUGCUCUUGCGCGACCUCGUAUCCUCAGCCAACUUGCACUGGAGGUGGCGGCUCUGGAAAUGGAAACGGCAGCGGUUCGGGUAGUGGAAGCGGCAGUGGCAGCGGCUCUGGAAGUGGAAGCGGCAGUGGCAGCGGCUCUGGAAGUGGAAGCGGCUCAGGCAGCGGAAGCGGAAGCGGCUCAGGCAGUGGAAGCGGCAGCGGAUCAGGUAGUGGAAGUGGAAGUGGCAGUGGUUCCGGAAGUGGUAGCGGCAGCGGCAGCGGAAGCGGAUCUGGCAGUGGCGACGGAGGUGUCAUUACCCCAGUCCCAUCCAGCGCAUCCAGCCUCCAGUCGCUGAUGGUUACCAUGACCGCCAUCUUUGUCACUGCUGGCAUCUUCGCCAUCGCUUGGUAA